GGGUGGGGAAGGAAGAAGGAAGAGGAAAUGAAGGUUUAAGCAUGUUUGUGGAGUCGGGUCUGUCUCAAUUUGCUCAAGUAACACUGGGAGUGUGAUUCGGUGGCUUUUAAAUCCAAAAAAAAAAACUGGGGAGAUUUAAACUUUGUAGGGAGGAAAGCGUUAAAGUGAUAUGGGCACGCGGAUCUGAGAGACGCUUCCUACCUUCCCCUGCUUCACACUAGUGGGGAUGGAGGGAAGAAAAAAAGAAAACACUGGAGAAAAAUACCCCUACGAUUUGCAUGAAUGAUGCCAUGUAAAAUACCGGAGCGAGGAAUUGUGCUCUGCAGACGGUCUGUGGGCUGGCCAAAGCCUGAAGUGCCUGCUCGGGUCCCGUGAUAUGACUCGCUCAUUUCUGCAGGGCUCAUCAGGUACAGGCUCUGCUUCCUUCCUGGGAUGGUGCAGCUGGCAUUUGAUUUCCUCCGUGCAUGGGAGAGGAGGAGUCCUGUGCAGUUUUUUUCCCCGAGAUGAUUGCAUUUUCUUUGGCCUUGCUGUACCCUGCCUCAUUAGUAGGAACUGCAUCUAUACUUAUUUACCAUUAUACCGUGUCCCUUGGGAAGCAGGGUGUAGUUUGGAGUAGGUAUAUAUGGAUUUAUCACUCCUAACAUUUUUUUUCCUCCCGUCAUGCUAAGACUAAAUCUGUCAACAGCAGAGAGCAAACUUAAUUUAUUUCUGUGUUUUGCAUCUCCCUUUUUUACCAUUUCUCUUCCAAAUUGCUGAGAAAACAUCUCUGAGAUGGAGAGAGGGGAGAAGGAAGGAAAGGAUGGAGAAUGUUGUCUGUGCAGGGAUGCAUUUGUUAUCAGCAUGUCCGGGGAGCACUGGGCUGGGGAAGGGCAGGGUUUGUUUCUGCAUGUGAAAACUGGGGUUUGGAAAUUAUAUUUUCCCCUUAUGUGAAGAUUUUUCUUCUUCCCUGUGAGGGCCACAACUUUUUCUGUCUGGUUGACAGAAUUACCCAACGAGCCUGGGCAGGAGAUUGGGAACAAGGAACUUGUGUUUCACUCCGUGCUGCCUGUUCUUCCUCCCCUCGUUCCCUUAGCACCGGUGCAAGCACCAGAACAGGCAUCAGCAUUUUUACUCCUGUGUCAUCCCACUGUUCCGAGCAGGUCUAGACGACAUUGUGGCAUGCAGCCUGCCAGCUGGGUUACAGGAAUGCUACCCUAGGUGAAACGGCAGGAUUUUUAAGGAGAGAAUGGUGAAUAACACUGAAGACCCUCAAGAGGCUUUGUAGCGUCCCAUCCUCAUGUAAAGUAUGCUCAGAACUUUUCCAGUAGUCCUGCUGGAAACCAUGUCUCACUACACAGACGAGCCAAGAUUCACCAUAGAGCAGAUCGACCUCCUGCAGCGCCUGAGACGCACGGGGAUGACCAGGCAUGAGAUCCUGCACGCCCUGGAAACCUUGGACCGCCUGGACCAAGAGCACAGCGACAAAUUCGGGAGGAGGUCGGGCUACGGGGGCGGCUCCUACGGCAACAGCACCAACAACGUGGCGGCGUCGUCCUCCACGGCCACGGCUUCCACCCAGACCCAGCAGUCGGGGAUGUCGCCGUCCCCCAGCAACAGUUACGACACCUCCCCUCAGCCUUGCACUACCAACCAGAACGGGAGGGAGAGUAACGACAGGCUGGCUGCCUUCAACGGGAAGAUGUCGCCCACCCGCUACCCGCUGGCCAACAGCCUGGCCCAGAGGUCCUACAGCUUCGAGGCGUCCGAGGAGGACCUGGACAUCGACGACAAGGUGGAGGAGCUGAUGAGGAGGGACAGCAGUGUGAUAAAGGAGGAAAUCAAAGCCUUCCUCGCCAACCGGAGGAUUUCCCAAGCAGUUGUUGCACAGGUAACAGGUAUCAGUCAGAGCCGGAUCUCCCAUUGGCUGUUGCAGCAGGGGUCAGACCUGAGUGAACAGAAGAAAAGGGCAUUUUACAGAUGGUACCAGCUUGAGAAGACAAAUCCUGGGGCUACACUAAGCAUGAGACCAGCUCCCAUCCCAAUAGAAGAGCCAGAAUGGAGACAGACACCUCCCCCAGUCACAGCUACCUCUGGGACCUUCAGACUACGGCGAGGCAGUCGGUUCACGUGGAGAAAGGAGUGCCUGGCUGUGAUGGAGAGUUACUUCAAUGAGAAUCAAUAUCCCGACGAGGCAAAGAGAGAAGAAAUUGCCAAUGCCUGUAAUGCAGUUAUACAAAAACCAGGAAAAAAGUUGUCGGAUUUGGAGCGAGUUACCUCUCUCAAAGUGUACAACUGGUUUGCCAACAGGAGGAAGGAGAUCAAGAGAAGAGCCAAUAUUGAAGCAGCAAUCCUGGAGAGCCAUGGAAUAGAUGUACAGAGCCCAGGAGGUCACUCCAACAGCGACGACGUGGAUGGCAACGACUACUCGGAGCAGGACACUUGGCAAGUCCGCAACGGGGAGGAGGAGGGACGAUGCUCAGAGGGAGGCAGAGAAGCUGAGAAGGUAGAAGAAGACAGGAGGAUCUGCUCCAAACAAGAUGACAGCACUAGCCAUAGUGACCACCAGGACCCCAUUUCCUUGGCUGUGGAGAUGGCAGCAGUCAACCACACCAUCCUGGCGCUGGCCCGGCAAGGAGCCAGCGAGAUCAAGACAGAGGCUCUGGACGACGACUGAUGCCAAGAAAAGGGGAGGGUCAAAGCAAGAAGUAACUUAGUUUUAGAAGUAGCACCUUAGCAGACUUUCCUCGGUCCUUAAUAUGUGUUACAGUAUAACUUUGCAGUUUCUUGUACGUCAGUUAGCUGUUAGGGUCUUGUUCUGUGAAGAUGGCAUGGUGCCCUCAGCCUUUGCAUAUACUCUCUCAGUAUUAAUUCCCAAUAAAUAAUCAAUCAACCGACCAACCUCCCUCUCUCCCGGCCCCCAGUGGCUAGAAAGGUAA